AUGGCCUCACCCGCUGCCCAGGCGAGCCAAACAUGGCAAAACGCCUUGAAGCUUCGGAAGCACCUUCUGAAGCAACUGGAAAAGAUAAAAAACAACACUUCAUCAGGUGUUGAUAUUUCCCAGCUCGAAGCUGCCGACGGUACACUCGAAAAAUUCCGCCUCGCUUGUGUGCAGACCGUCUUUAUCGAUUUUGAGUACGCCGCUAGUGAAAAUACUGAAGAGAUGUUAUGGAAUUUGCAUACGUCCAUAAACUCCGAAUAUCGUCGAAUUCUCGGCAGGUUGAAAUCUUCCUCCCAGGCCGUCGAGCGCCGCAAAACCGAAAAGCUGUACACCAACUUUUUGCGCAUAGCCCAAAAGUUCUACCAGGGCUAUAUCCAGCGACUCUCCGCGCGCUAUGAUAUUCCUGAUCUCAAACGCGUGGCCAAGGGAAUUGAGGUCGAGCAAAUGACAGCCAGCGAUCUCAUUAGCCCCGUACCUGCCGAGCUCAAUGCAAAAGUGCUCAGGUCAUGCCAUUCGACACUCAUCCGACUUGGCGACUUGGCUCGGUAUAGAGUACAGGCCAAGCACAAGAAUUCAGGAUACGACAUGGCUUUGACCUACUAUACACUUGCUCAGCAUCUCUUGCCCAAGUCUGGCUUCGCUUUUCAUCAGAUGGGUAUCGUGAGCCUCGACCAGGGCAGCCACCUUGAUGGCGUCUACCACUUUUACCGCGCAUGGGCAAUCAAGUUCCCUCAUCCAAAUGCAAAAACCAAUCUUGAAAUGGAAUUCAAGUCUCUUCAACAAACAAGCUCCAAUAAGUCCAAGCAUGCGUCGUCCGGCCCUCAAGAUGCCUUCAUCAUGUGGUUUGUGCGCCUGCAUGCCUUAUUUUACAAGGGUGAGACCGCACCACAGUAUAAAGAGCUCGAGCGUGAAGUAAUUCAUCGCCUUGAAAUGGCUGCUGCAACUGGGUCCUGUGGCGAUAUUAUCCUGAAAAUGAGUUUCAUCAACAUUGCCGCGCAAUACAUAGCUACCGUAAAGUGCUCCGAAAACAAGAAUACGACCUCACUGCAAUUUUACCAGUACACUUCCAACUUUAAUGUCAAAUUCUUUGCGACUUUCGCAUCUGUGUUGGAGACAAACCUCAAGGAAAAGGUGUCCAAGGCUGACGACCUUGCUGAGGAUGACAACGACAAGGUUUCGCAACUUACCGAAUCACUGCUUCCCGCGCUACGAAUUUACUCCAUGUGGAUUGCAGUAUCACGUCAAGAACUCUUCGGACACGCUGCUGCGACCGCUGAAGGGUCACUGACUGGCGUCAUGAUGGACACUACUGCCCGAGUCUUUAGCCUCAUCUGUGUGGAAACGUACAACAAGAACAACCUGGUGUCGUGCCCUUACUUGCUACCCGAGGAUCUCGACAUUCUCGGCUUUCAGCCACUCAACAAAAGCAUUAUCCCAGAGCCGUGCCGCUCGUUCUGCGGACAAAAUGGCAAAGUGAAGCCUCAUUUAUACUCGCCUGAGCAACGACUGACUCCACAGAUGGAGAAGCUGGCGCGAAUUCUCGACAUUUUGCGAUGUGCGUAUUUUCUUGCCGAAGAUCUAACUGUGCCGCUGUCAUGCCGCGUCGUUGAGGACUGGCUGCUCUUUGAAUACCAACCUUCUCAGCACCGGCCAGAACCACCUGCGGAAGCCCCAGCAUUGCGGAAAGAAUUGGUUGCAACUCCAGCCACGAUCAACGUGCAGAAACGACGUUCGGUACAGACGAAUGCCCAAGAACGCCAGGAUAGCCCCAAGCUGUCAAACGGCAAACAGCUCGAAGCUCCCACCGUACCACCAAAGCCUUCUACAGUUCCGCCAGCCCCGGCCAACAAGGAUGGUGAGGUGGGCGAUGCAGAGAGCACCGUCAUUAAUAUGCUCGCGCCUUUUCUGAAACCUCCUACACCACAGCCCCAACCCGGUAUUAAUGAGAAUGAUGUCACUCCGUCGUACAGAGCCCAACACAACAUUGCUAGAGACUUGCAUUUCAGCACACACCAACGUCAAGUGGACCCCAGUCCGACACGGUCCAUUUCCUCGGGCAAGUUUGAGCCUCUGCCAUGGGAGUGGUUCAACACGCCCAGACCCGCGCGCGGCGACAACUCGCCCUUAUCCGCCGCUGGCAUGUCGCCCAUCACACCCGGCAUGCCACUCGGCAAGUUUGACGACCCCUUUUCCGUGCCGUCUGCGCCUAGUCGUGCCGACGCCAACGACGCUGGCAGCGGCAGCAGCCGCUUUCCCCGCGUUCACAGUCACAGCAACAUUCGUGCCGCCGACAUGGGCAUCAACCUGAGCGGUGGCUCCACAGCCGAGCACGCUCACCGCGCCGCACUCCUCCAUACCUUUGCCGCAGCGGGCGGCCGGCCACCGUCGACGGGAGCGCGCACCUCACCGUUUAGCCACUGGGGCGAGAGCAGAAACCCGAGCGGCGCCGGCGGCGGAGGCCGGCACAGCGGGCUCAGCGCGCCGCCUGGCCUGCGCACGCCCGAUGCGGUACCGCACUCCUCGUCGGCUGGCAGCCUGUCGCAGUUUUCACAUCCGAGCAGCUUGUAUCACGGCACACCAGGCGCGCCGGCCGCGAAUUACAGUAUCGGCGGGCAAUAUCUCUUUCAGCAGUCGCAGCAACAGCAGCAACCUUUGCAAAGGACCUUCCAAGCGGACAAUUCGACAUCUUCCUAUGAUGAGGCUAUUCUCCGCGCUGCGUACGAAGGCAGAAACUGA